GGUAAUGCACCAGUUCGUUGUUAGCCAACUGCCAAUAAACCUCUCCGAAAGCCGCCGCAGAAGAAGAAGACGAGGAAUAAGAAGUUGCGUUGGCUUGGUUCGUGUUAAACACACAUUAUUUAUCCACUUAACGUUUUACUCUUUAAGUAGUAUUGUUAACCAAUGUAGCCAUAGUUCAUUUCUUUAUUUUUCUAAUGUAACCUUUUGUGAAUACAAACCCUAGAGCUGUGCAAGUGUUUUGUAGCUCUUUAUUUUUAGCAACCGAUGUUAGCAUCGGUGCUCACAGCAAACAUUAAUAGCCUAACAUAAUUUUCCAGUUUAACAUUUCCAGAUUAAAGUUAAAUUAGACAAAAAAACAACCCCAAAGCACAAUGACUCGCCAUGGAAAGAACUGCACGGCAGGAGCUGUCUACACGUAUCACGAGAAAAAGAAAGAUACAGCGGCAUCUGGUUAUGGGACACAGCGCAUUCGACUGGGCAAAGAUGCCAUCAAAGACUUUGACUGCUGCUGCCUGUCCCUGCAGCCCUGUCAGGAUCCUGUGGUGACCCCAGAUGGAUACUUAUAUGAAAAACAGGCCAUUCUUGAAUACAUUCUGCACCAGAAGACAGAAAAUGCCAAAAAAAUGAAGGCGUAUGAGAAGCAGAAGCAAGCACAGAAGAGCACCAGCCGACUUGAAUCCAAGUCAGAGGAAAGAGAGAGAGUGGAGAGGUUUAAAACCAGAGAGAACAGCAUUGUGUCCAAACCCAUCAACCCAUUUACAUCCGGGCAGAACAAAGGAAGUGAGAGGAGCAGGACAGACAGCAGCUCAGUAGAAUCCUCCCCUGCUGGUUCAUCUGCAUCCUCCAGCCAGAGCCUGCCCAGUUUCUGGAUCCCCUCUCUGACACCAGAAGCUAAGCCCACUCUGCUCAAGAAACCAAAUAAGGCUGUGUUAUGUCCCAUGUCAGGACGACCCAUUAAGAUGAAUGAGCUAAUCACAGUGCGCUUCACUCCACUGGACCCGAGUCUGGAGCGCGUGGCCCUGCUCACCCGCCAGGAUAGGUAUGUGUGUGCAGUAACCAGAGAUGCUCUGGGCAACAGUGUUCCCUGCGCUGUUCUACGACCCUCGGGUGCUGUGGUGACUCAGGAGUGUGUGGAGAAGUUGAUCAAGAAAGACAUGAUUGAUCCCAUGACUGGAGACAAACUGUCUGACAAAGACAUCAUUCCACUGCAGAGGGGUGGAACCGGCUUCGCUGCGUCCGGCGUUGACCUCAAUGCCAAAGAGGCUCGUCCAGUGAUGCAAGUGUGACUGAACAGUGCUGUCACUGUGACUUUAUCUACACCCUCACUG